AUGUGUUCUCCAGUUGGUGUCCAGGACGCAGACACGUGCAUGCGGCUUGACUCUCCAGAAGCAGCAGACACCCGCGACCUACUCCUCCGUGAACCCGCGAAGGCGGCGCCUGCACCUUCCAGGAAAUCUGAGUCCCUUGCAGAGAGAACAACAGAAGGAAGCCAGAAGCCCCCAGUGCAAAAGAGGCAGAUUCCGCAGCGCUUGCAGCGAAGCACUCUCCAAACAGGUGUUUCUGUGGCUUCUGGCUCCGCCGGUGGGCUCAGCCUGGGCCCCGCCCCGGUCUCUGAGACGUCCGCGUGGCGGCGUCUUGCUCCACGCAGGCGCAGGCGGCCGCCACCUGAACGCGACGCCUCCGGCCGGCCCCGCCUGCCCCCGCCGCGGCCCAACUUGACCGGAGUUGAGGUCCUGAGCGCCUGCCCCCGAGCAGCCGGCCCGCGGAGAGCUCUGCGCCGCCACCCCAGGUCCGGAACCCCUCCCCGCUCCUCUCCGCUCCCGCGACCGGAAAAGUUGGCGCGGGCGGCCGCCCCCCAGCCGUGCAGAGCGCUCUUCUCCCCGGCGCGGGGCCCUCGGUCCCCCGGCCCCCGGAGCCUGCGGUGGUGGCUCCUGCCGGGUCCUGCAGUACCAGAGUUGCGACCCCAGGGUCCCCUUACCAGCGGCUGCCAGGACGCACUCCGGCUCCUCCCUCCCCUUCCCAGAGCGCCCCCGGCACUGGGGCGGUGCGAGGCUUCCAGGAUGGAGGAACUGAAGCUGACAAACAGCAAGUUAGAAGGUGGCAAGGAACUCCAGCACACCAAAGUGCCCCGCCCGUCCCGACCGCCGCCACAGCCGGAUACUUGCUGAGAACCUAGUAUUUUCCAGGCGUUGAUCAAGAGGUGUGUGUGAAGUGAUACAAAAAGUUAUGAACAUUCAUAUAAGGCAGUAGAAGAUGAUGGCACAACUGCUAGAGAAGUAAAGCUUGUUAUCCCGGAAGAGAAAUAGAAGCUGCCAUUUGCUUUCUCUCCACUGGCCACUGACCCUUGGAGAGGCAGUGUGGACAACAUGGACACUUGCUCACAACAGUGCCACUGGGACAUGUUAUCAGCUCCUGCCCAGCCUCAGACCCAGUCAAGACAAGUGGGGCUGCUGUGUGGAGGGCAAUUCCCUGAGCCCCUAAGAAAAUUCAGAGAACCUCUCAGAAGACAAAGCUUUGGAUUGGACUACAGCUUCACCUGUGACUCUUUCCUAGCAAGCCAUGGUGUUGGAUGAAACAAGAAGAUGUGAACUGUAAUCCAGUCACAAAAGCCAAAAGUUGAGAAGAAGUUGCCAUUUCUUCUUCCUGCUUACCAUUCAAGGAUCUAUUUCCCCAAAUCCCUGUUAGAGUUAUUGGUAUCCUGGCUUUAUACAUAUUCCAUGGUAUUUGAAUGCAUAAACUGGCAAUCACAGCAUUGGUUUGAAGUUAGUGGUUCUGCCACACUCUAGCUAUAUGACUUAGGCAUGUUAGUUAUCACUCUGAGCCUCAACUUUAUCAUCUGUAUGAUGGGAGUAGUCCUAUCUGUCCUGCCUGCUUGGUCAAAUAAAAUUGCAGCUUUGUAAGUCUGAAACCUUAGGGUCCCAGGAAAGCUUGUAUGUUAUCUAAUUCAGCUUUUGUCUACUGUAGGUGACCAUGCCCUCACUAGCAUCCUGGACAAAUGGUCCUCCAUCUUCAGACUGAGCUCGGACUGGCUCGGGAACUGACAUUCUCAGGAGCUUUGAUUGUUAGAAUGUCCUUUCUAGUGCCAGGCUGAGCUCUGAAUCCUCUAGUAGCUUUUACUCACUGGUUUCUGUUUCAUCUCUAGAUCCAACAAUGCGUUUAAUAUCAAAGUGUUCUGUGUUUUGAAGAGCACUGUACACCGUCCAUUUAACUGGUUAUCAAGUCAUCUUUUUAGCUCCUUUGCUUGCUCUGCCCUUGGGGUUCUGAUCUGGAUGGACUGCAUGGAACAGGACAUGGCAUUGGAUGUUCCUGAACAUUCUCAAAUAUCUUUGUGGCAUCAGUUAUGAAACUUUUCCUGAUCCCAAUCUGAUUAUUACUAAUGGUAGAGGUCCCCACACAUAGUGGGUAUGCUCAAAUCCCAGAGCCAUAAUUGAAAAAGCAUGUUUCCUAACACGUUUAAACUAUUUUAACUUGGAAGUAAUUUCCUCCUGUAUUACCUUGAGAUGAACCAAAUUUUAGUUAAAAAAAAAAAAAAAGACAGAAAAAAAUCUAAAGAAUUACAUGAAUGUUAUUUGUAACCCAUCUGUUGUAAAAUAAAAUAUUUUUGUAUCUUAUAUCUUGGUCUUGUUUAUGCAUAUACGAUUAUGUAUUUAUGUAUAAUUGUCGAAAUUAUGCUAUUAUGUGGCUCUGCAUUUUGCUCUUUUAUUGAACACUAUAUUGUCUUUUCCCAUGUCAUUAUCAAUUAUUUGUAAAUAUCAUAAUGGUUGCAUCAUAAUAUUCUGUUGAAUGAAUAUACUAAAAUUUGCUUAAUCAACUUUCUCUUGUAACCUCUAAUUUGUAACCAGUUUUCAGGAGCUUUAGGGUUGUUCCCUUUGAGAAGAGGGAAUAUGAAAGAAGGCAACACCUCUAGAUUCCCACAGCAGGAUUUUAUUUUCCAAGUGCUGGGUUAAUCUCAUCACUCUUCAUUUCCUGAGUGGGCAGAAUUUACAGGAGAUGUAGAUCAGAUCCUUUUAGAGCAGGAAGGCUGAAAAAGCAGGUUGGUUUAUGUGUGUGUAUGAGUGUGUGGGUGACCUCAAUUCACAAACUCAAAUUUAAAAUGCUACACUGGUGAUUUCUGUUAUCAAUAGGAGGUUUGAAUCUGUUUCAUUUAUUGAUACAAACUGGGUCCACCAAGGGCUUGAGCUGCCUCUUUCCUCUGACAUCAAGGAUUUUCCUUGAUCAAGGAAGUCAACGAAAUCCAGGCAUUAGGGGGUUGUUGUCCUUUGAUGUCAGGGAGAGAACUUUUAAUGCACUUGAGUCCAGAGCUGGAAAUCAAAGAAUGACAGGUUUGUCUUCCAUGAACAUGACCUUGAGGCUCUCUUGUUUUUUAAAUCCUUGCUUUGACAGCAGAAAGCUCCACUCAUAUAAUCAGUCAUCUGAGGUCAUUGGUGAGGGGGCAACAUCCCCACUGCUCUGUACACUUACAGACCCAAUCACCAAAAUAGGAGGAUGGGGAUCUCUAUUGUUUACAAAUUUCCCAAAUGAGUUGUGUUAGAUAAAUUUAAGAAAUGGACCAUAACCCAUGCAGAGGUUUUUAGGCCAUCAACUUAGCCUGAAAGAGAAUUACCCUGUCCUCAAACCUGUAUUUCCAACACAUUUUAAUAUCUUAGAUGAGAUUUAUUUUGAGCUUUACUUUGGAGUUCAUCUUAGGCAGUAAUCAAAAUCACAUGAUCAAUAAGAACUAGCUUCAUAAACCUGUAGAAAGGGUGAUGGAAGGGAUUUUUCCAAUUAAAACCUUAUCAUUUUUGAAACAAACAUCCCACAUCUCCCCAAAGGCACUGCCAUUAAGAGAGAAUCAGCUGCAUUCCUCCAUCAUGAGCCAAUACCACCCCUGUGGAAUGCAAAAAAAAAAAAAGUCAUGUGUUAUUACCUAUGGGUGACUGGCUGGUUUGAGGCAGUAGCAUAUGGUUGACUGUUGGAACAAAUAAAAAUAAAACCAUACGGAAACUU